AUGUUAAAAAUUAAAGUAAAACUUGGGGGAGGGUCAGAAAAGAAGCCUAUACAGCCAAAAUUGAGGGCAAAAUCACCUGGUCAAAGUCAGUUAAAUUCAGGAACAAAGAUUCGUUUAAGAGCAUAUCGAGAAUCAGGGCUUGGAUAUGACUCAGAAGCAUCAGAUAGAGAGGAUGAUCCAUAUAUUGAGCAGCAAUUUAUUCUAAGAAUGUGUAAUGGAGAAGAUUUAGAAUAUUUAAGAAAAGCAGUUGAAGAGAAAACAAUUGGUAAUGGGGCAGAUUUUUAUAUAAAAUUUAAAGACAAUAGAAGGGCAAUUGUUGUUGUAAAUAAUCAUAUGUAUUCAGCAAAGAUGGCAGAUUUGCCAUGCAUUAUUGAAUCAAGCAAGACAUUUGAUAGAAAAACGAUUUAUAAAGUAGCAGAUAUUUGUCAGAUACUUUUGGUUGAAAAUAGAAUUGAUGAUGAAGAAACUGUAACAACAAUGCCAAUAAAACAUUCCGAAUAUAUUUAUCCUCAUGGUUUAACACCACCAUUAAAAUGGGUAAGGAAAAGACGAUUUAGAAAACGGCUUUCGCAUAAGACUAUUGAAAUGAUCGAAGCAGAGGUAACUAGACUUCUUUCUCUGGAUGCAAUGGCAGAAUUGUCAAGUUAUGAAGUUAUUCCAGCAUCACUUUUAAGUAGAGAAAAUUCUUUUGUUUUAGAAAAUGAAUCGUUGUUUGAUACAUCUAAAAAUUUAUAUAAAAAAGAAGAAUAUUAUGAAAAUGUCAAUACAAUGGAUAUAGAAAGCGAACAUUAUGAUGAUGCAGAUGAAGAUUAUCUUGCGGAUCAGUUAGAGCAAGCAAUGAUGGAACUGGAUAAUAGAGAAGCAAGUCAAACACCUGCUUUUAUAAAAGAAACAGAAACUCCUCAAGAUGGUUCAGGAAGCGAUGAUAAUGAAGAUUCGAGUGAAGAGAUAGAUGAGGAAACACGAUGGGCUGAAGAUCAUCAAAGAUUAUUAGAUGACGAAAUAGCUGAACUUAAUGCUACAAUUGCUGCAAACUUGGAAAAACUAAAAACAACAACAAAUCCAAUACUUCAAAAACGUUUUGAGGAUAUUAUUAGAAAACUUAAAUCUGAAUUAGAUCUUAAACAAUCUCAAAAUGAUAAAAAAAUAUAG